AUGGUCAACAUCUUCCUAAUCAUUGUUGCGGUUGUUAUACCAGCACUUGUAGCUUUAGGAAGUUUGUAUUUAAUUGCAUACUUUCAACAUCCUGACGAUAAAAAUGUUGCCUAUUUCCCGAAGAUUAUUGUUAUUUUAGGUAUUACUUUAGCAGCAACAAGUAUAUUAAUGUUACCAUUGGAUGUAGCAAAUCAAGGAGGAAAAGGCGGAUUUCCAAUGGAUAUAUUAUGGAUUGUUAUAUAUAUAGUAGUUGCAGUAUUUGCAAUUGUUAUAUGCCCAUUUGCAAUGUUCUUUUAUGAAUCAGAAGAAGCAGAUCCAGCAGCAGGUAGUCAAAUUGCAGGUGCAUUCAAAGGUACAUUUGCAAUUCUUUUUGCAUUUGCAGCAUUAACUAUUGUUUUAUAUGUAUUCUUUGGAGUUGCAGAGAUACCAACCAUAGUGAUUUUAAGUAGAUUCCAAAUUAUUAAUUAUCCAAUAGCAACUGAUAGUAUUAAUAUAACAACAACAUUACCAGAGAUAGCGUCAAUCGUUGGUGGAGGGAAUGAUAAAAUUAAAUUGGAUCCUGGAAAUCCAGAAUUAUUAGGUAAUGGCUCUGAAUAUGUAGAGUAUCGUUUAGAUAAAGAGUUUUUACAAUUCCGUGUAUCAAUUGCACUUUUCAUUAUUACUAUGGUUGCUUUCUUUGGUUGGUUAUUAUUCAUUAUUUUCGGUGGUAUUGGUUUGGUUGCCCUUCCAUUCGAUAUGAUUACAGACUUUAAGAAUCGUCCACAACGUAUACCAUACGAUAAAUAUUUGGAAAGAAAGAAAAAGAUUGGUGAACGUGCCACGGAAUUGGUUGACGUUGGUAAGACCAUUCAGUCACGUACCACUGGUGGUAUCAUGAGCAAACGUGAUAGAAGAAAUUACAAUCGUUUCCGUCAAGCAAUUUUCUUAUUAGAAGAGGAUUAUGAACGUUUAAAGAUUUCAUACAAGAGACAAGGUGGCAAGGUCAUACUUUAUUAUGCCCAGUUCUUUGGUGGUUUCAUUGCAUUGGGUGUUAGUCUUGGUUGGCUACUUCAUAUCAUAAUCUAUAUGAUCACAGCUCCAGAGCCAUUCCAUCCUUUCUUAAAUAGUUUGGUGAUAUCUUUGAAUAAUGCUUGGGGUUUCCUUGGUGUUAUCGUCUAUGGUUUACUCUCUUUCUAUUUAUUGUUCUGUGUUGUCAAGGGUAAUUUCAAAUUUGGGUUACGUCUUUUCUUCCUCUUCCCAAUUCACCCAAUGAGGGUUGGUAAUACCAUGAUGAAUGCUUUCCUAUUCAAUGUUGGUUUAAUCCUUAUCACAUCGGUUUCAAUCACUCACUUUUGUACAAUGGCUUUCUCUCAAUUCACUUCAACAACUUCCAUUAAUUCACUCUUUGAAACUGCUGUUAAAAAUCUUAAAAUCUUAAAAUGGUUCUGGGUUGUCUAUAUCUUUGCCAUCUUUGCUAUGUCAAUUCUUACUGCUAUCUUUUUAUUCAUUAAACCUAAAGAUAAACCAGCUAGAAUUCGUGUAUAA